AUGUACCACCCAACUCGCGGUGGCGCUCGUGGCGGAGCUGCCGAAUUCAGCUGGGACAAAGUCAAACAAUCCAAACAUCGCGAGUUCUACCUCGGCAAUUCGGUCGCUGCCCCUACUGGACGCUGGCAAGACGGUCGUGACAUCAACUGGUACAACAAAGACGUAGCCUCCUCUUCCACCUCUGUAGCCGAUGAGCGCAGAGAGGAGCUCCGAAGAAUCAAAGAGGCCGAGACCGCUGAACUGUAUGCGAAGCUAGGACGUGCCCCUCCUUCUGCAACCGCCGGAGCGACCGCGGUAGUGGGAGAGAGAUUGGCACGCGGUUCCGAUGGGCUCGGGAGAAAAGCAGGAACAGGCGCAAAUACCGAAGUUCUAGAUAAGGAUAGGAAGAAGUGGGGUACAACAGGUCGUGAGGAAGCCGUCUCGGAAGCGGAUGAGAAGCUGGCAAGAAAGUUCGCGAAGGAUGAGGUGAGGAGGCGUCGAGCUGCGGAAGUCAAAGAUGAUAGGCACGGGGAGGAUCGAGGGAAAGCGCAAAGUGAUGAUCGUUGUCGUCAUUCAAGCCGAUCCCAUCAUGAAGAUGAAGCUCGGGACGGACAUCGCCGACAUCGUCACCGUGACGGCUCGUCCCGGCACCGAGACGGCAACCGUGAAGGAAGUUCGAGCAAGCAACAUCUACAUGCAGACGGUGGCCAUGACGAGAGAUCGUCAAGAAGGCAUCGGAGUCAUCAAAAUGAUCGGAGCAGUAGAAGCAGAAGUAGGAGCAGAUCACCGGAAUCUCUGAGCCGGCAUCGGUCCAGACAUCAUGAUGAAAGGCGCCACAAACGAAGAGGUUCUCCAUCAGGGGCUGGACGCGGCCACCGAGGUGAAGAUGAGAAGCAUCAUCACGCCCCGCAUUCUCGACGGUACCAUGACGGAGAAGGUAGGCCACAUCGAAUGCAUCGUGACGAGUAA